GUCACGGAAUAACGGGCGGGAAGAGGCAGUCACGUGCCAUCGUGACGUCAUGCCCUCAAAGAUGCCAAUACAUUGAAGACUUUGCUUUACGUGCUGUGGAAGAUAAAUGUGCGCAUGUGCGGCAACUUCGCUGCUGUUGGCUGCAAUUAUUCACGUGUCCGGAAGUAAACGUCAGCACGUGUGUGAGGAGAGAAGUUACCGAGAGUGAGAUCCAGAGAGGUGCAGGAGGGUCAUUGUACACAGGGAUCGAAUGGAGAAGACACGACCCAGGACAGACAUUACUCCGGUCACGGACAGCUCCGAUGAGUCCAGCCCUGAAGGUUCAGAAGAUGAGACAUCAGAUACUGAGAGAGAGACAGACACCAAGCAGGAGCGAGACCCUGCUUUUACCCAGACAGAAGGUUUUUCGUCAAUGUCCUUUGAGGAGAUCCUCCGUGAACAGAACAAAGUGGGGACUAAAGCUUUGUACAAAGCUGUACGAGGUUGUCGGAAAGGAAACGUGUUAGGUGACAGCGUGCAGCAGCAUAAGAUCCGACCCACAGAGAUGUCCUCUAAAAACCCAGUUCCGUUCCUGAGGAAGGUGGUCCCAGCCAAGAAAAGGAUGCAGCGAGAUCCACGAUUUGACGACCUCUCGGGAGAAUUUAAACCUGAGGUGUUCGAGAAGACGUACGGCUUCCUGGACAAGAUCAAAAUGAAGGAGAAGGAGAUUUUGGAGAAGAAGCUUAAGAAGACUCGUAACCCGGAGCUGAAGGAGCAGAUAAAGCAGUUGCUGCUGCGGAUGAAUCAGCAGGAAGAAGCUGCCAAACAGAAGCAGAGGCUGCGGGAGAGAGAGGCUGAUUUCAAGAGACAGCAGAGAGAGCAUGCCCAGCAGGGGAAGAGACCGUUCUACCUCAAGAAAGGUGACUUCCGCAAGUUGGAACUGGCUGACAAAUAUCAAGAGUUGAAGAAAAAGGGGAAAGUGGACAAUUUCUUGAGUAAAAAGCGAAAGCGAAACUCCAUUAAAGACAGAAGGAGGCUUCCUAGUUCCCAGCAGUAGUGGUGAAGAUCGGCUCUCCUCUGUGCUGCGGCUCCUCCGUCCUUCGUCCCGUUGAACAUAUCCUAAACAAAUUAUGGUUGUGAAAUCCUCUGUGUUCACUACGUCUGGUGUGAUGCUCUGCUGGCGUUUAGUCAUCUGGUCUGAUGCUCUGCAGGGAUGGAGGAAUCUGCUCACAAUGUCUGUUGUGAUGAUCUGGAGGGGUUGAGCUCCCUGCUUACGGCAUCUUGUGUGAUGCUCUGCAGGGGUGGCGUCCUCUCUGCUCACUAUGUGCUGA